CUUUCUCUUUCUUUUUUUUUUUUCCCUUUUCUUUUUUUGACACGUUUUCCUCUUCUUACUAUUUUAUUCCUUCCUUUAUUAAUACAAAACACUUAAUAACCUUUAUAAUAAUAACAACAUGAGAGAAAUUAUUCACGUACAAGCUGGUCAAUGUGGUAACCAAAUUGGUCAAAAAUUCUGGGAAACCAUUUCUCAAGAACAUGGUCUUGAUUCUGAUGGUAUUUACAAUGGUCAAGAUGAUCUUCAACUUGAACGUAUCAAUGUAUUCUAUAAUGAAGGUUACCAAGGCAAAUAUGUCCCAAGAGCUGUCCUUGUUGAUCUUGAACCUGCUACUAUGGAUUCUAUUCGUUCAAGUCCUUAUGGUAGGAUUUUCCGUCCUGAUAAUUUCAUCAAUGCUCAAUCUGGUGCUGGUAACUCCUGGGCCAAAGGAUAUUAUACUGAAGGUGCUGAAUUGGUAGAAUCUAUUAUGGAUGUUAUUCGCAAGGAAGCUGAAAACACUGAUUGUUUACAAGGUUUUCAAUUGGCUCAUUCUCUUGGUGGUGGUACUGGUUCUGGUCUUGGUUCCUUGUUAUUAUCCAAGAUUCGUGAAGAAUAUCCUGAUCGUAUUUUAUCCACUUAUUCCGUUGUUCCUUCUCCAAAAGUAUCUGAUACUGUGGUAGAACCUUACAAUGCAGUUUUAUCUGUUCAUCAAUUGGUUGAAAAUUGUGAUGCCACUUUUUGUAUUGAUAAUGAAGCUCUUUAUGAUAUUUGUUUCAGAACUUUGAAAUUGACGAAUCCUGGUUAUGGUGAUUUGAAUCAAUUGGUAUCUGCUGUCAUGUCUGGUGUAUCUACUUCAUUACGUUUCCCUGGUCAAUUGAAUUCUGAUCUUCGUAAAUUAUGUGUCAACAUGGUUCCUUUCCCUCGUCUUCACUUUUUCAUGGUCGGUGUUGCUCCUUUGACUGCUUUUGGUUCUCAACAAUAUCGUAAUUUGAGUGUACCUGAAUUGACUGCUCAAAUGUUUGAUGCUCGUAAUAUGAUGGCUGCUUCUGAUCCUCGUCAUGGUCGUUACCUUACUGCCGCUACCAUUUUCCGUGGUCGUCUUUCCACCAAAGAAGUCGAAAACCAAAUGUUGGCUGUCCAACAAAAGAAUUCUUCUUACUUUGUUGAAUGGAUUCCUAACAGUGUCAAGUGCUCUCUUUGUGAUAUCCCUCCUGUUGGUUUGAAGAUGAGUGGUACUUUUAUCGGAAAUACUACUGCUAUUCAAGAUUUAUUCAAGCGUGUUAAUGAACAAUUCACUGCCAUGUUCAGACGUAAGGCUUUCUUACAUUGGUUCACUUCUGAAGGCAUGGAUGAAAUGGAAUUCACUGAAAGUGAAAGUAAUAUGCAAGAUCUUGUAUCUGAAUAUCAACAAUAUCAAGAAGCUACUGCCGAUGAUGAAUAUGCUGAUGAAGAAUACCUUGAUGAAGCUGAUCCUUUGGAUGAAGAACCUAUGGAAGAAUAGAUCCCCCCCUUACUUUAAAUCUCUUCUCCCCCCUUACCCCCCUAUGACUUCAUAUAUAGUGAUCACCCCUUUUAUGUUUAUUAUUAUUUUAAAUCAUUCUUUUUUUACUUUUGGGCUAUGAUAUAUUUAAUAAUCCUUGUUGAAAGCACAAAAAAAAAUAUUUACAAAAUCACCUCUCCAAAAAAAAAAUCAAUCUGUCGCCCAUCCCAUAUACACAAAUAUAUUAGUAAAGAAAAACAAAAAAAAAAAAAAA